AUGGCGACCGACCUGAGCGCGAGUUCCAUUAAGGGCGUGAGCGCUGCAGGGGCCGACUCGGGCGUCGGCGGCGCGUCCGGCGGCCCCGAGAACGCGUACGAGAGACUGUCGCGCGAGGUGCACCAGAUGCAGCUCACGGGCGCGAUCCACACGGACUGGCUCGAGAACCCCAAGGGCUUUCUGCUCAAGCCCGACUUCAAGCGCAAGGCGCAGCACGUGGGCGCGGGCGGGAAGAAGCUCAACAGCUCGCGACUGCUGCGGCUGCACCUGCCGGGGAACACGUACCGCGUGCGGUGGUUCGUGCUCGACGGCAUGAUCUUGCGCUACUUCAAGACGAGCACCGAAGAGACAGAGCUCGGCGCGAUCCACUUGACGUCGGUGAACGCUGUGCUGCCCUCGAGCGUUGCCGACGCGCCAGAGCAUGCGCUCGAUCUGGUGUGCGCCGAUCGGAUCUACACCGUGGCAGGCAACGAUCGAGAAGAUAUGGUGCGCUGGGCGACAGUCUUGACGCUAGUGCUGCGCGGGGAGUACAAGCCCAAGUUGAUGUUGCGACCAGAGUCGUCGAUCAUUCGAGGCAGUUCGGUGAUUCCAAGACCGAGUGCAGCGGCGAGGAAGACGGCGUUGACGCCGGGGUCGAGGUUCACGGAUGCGAAUGGGCUGCGCAUGACGGGAACUCUUGUCGGCAGCGUGAGCGAUGGGGACUUGAAGAGUCACGGCGAGGACGAUGUCAAGGAGAAGAUCAUUACGGUCACGUUUGAUCAGCCGGGUCCGUUGAAUUUGAUUCUGCGCGGAACGGUGGACGACGAAGUGAUGGUGUGUGGGUUCCGAGACGGGACGGGACCCGGUGGGGAGCUACGGCCUGCAGAAGCGUCUGGCGUCAUUCGGGUCGGCGACGUGCUCAUCUCGAUCAACAGUCACUACUUUACAAACAUCGAGUUUGAGCAAGCCGUUGACCUGAUUCGUGCUGCUGGGCGACCACUUACGCUGCGGUUUUCUCGGAUUGACUAUAGCACGGCACCAGCAGUGGAUACCGCCCGCGUUGCAGAAGGCUGGGUGCUUGCUAAGGAGCCAUCAGCACUCCGGUUCCGCAUUCGGAUGCUACAACUACAUGGCGAUAAGCUGAAGCUAUAUAAGCCCAGCAUGCAGGGUGGAAGAGUGGACGAGCCAUGUUUGUUGAUCCGAAUGGAACAGGUGUCAGAUGUCCGACCUACGAACGAUACGCGUGAAGUCGUCACGGCGUUCACGCAGUGCCAUCCGAAGCAAUGGGGUAUUACGCUUGAAGGAUCACAAAGCAUUUUUACGUUUUACACGAAAAGCCAGGAGGAUAUGGGGCAGUGGGUCGAUUUACUCAAGAACUCGCCGCUGUUUUCACCCAAGGCGACGAGGCUGUCCAUUCCUGUUCAUCCUGUGGCAGUUGUGGAGUUUAACCCCAUUCUUGAGCCCAAGGUCGUGCUGCAGGAUGAUGUCGGCAAGCUGGGCGACUUGCUGCCGACAUUCUCGUGCUACUACUUUCUUUUGCUUGAAGAUGGUAAGCUGAUGUAUUACAUUGACGCCGGCUCAGCAGCUACGCGCACGCGUCCGAUCGGCGUCUUACGCUGUGACAACAUCGUCAGCAUCGUGCCUAGCCAGAUCACUGACGACACAGCUGCUGACAGCGAUUCUAGCGUCAACGCUUUUUCUGUCAACGGAACAACAAAAGAAAAAACGAUGCCAUGGCGUCUGGAGCUAGGAGUUCUUGUCCACGAUUCCGCGACGAAGUACCGCCGUCCGUUCGUGAUUUGCUUUACUACACAGGAAAAAAUGAUGAAGUGGGGAAUAUCUAUCGGCAAAGAAGCUAAGCGCCUCACGGGGCAAGAGUAUGAUCUAUCGUCGAUCAGUCGACGCGCUUCGCGCAGCAACAGCCAGACGUACGCGCUGCGUCAUUCCGACACGCCUAUGACGCGACCGACGAUAUCGCGCCUGAUAUCGAACCCAUUCAAGUACAUCGAUCCGAAUGUCCUUCAGUCACCGUGCUUGUACCGCAGUCUGAAGGACGUGACACUGAAGGGAGCCAAGCGCGGAUGGUUUUUCGUGAAGCGACCACGGAGUGUGGGUAUGGGUGCAUACCACCCUCGGUUCCUCGUCCUUAUCGACAACGACUUGAUGUUGUUCAAGUACGAGGUGCUUGCGGAGGAGAGCUUGCAUUCAUAUGCUAGCAGGAUUGACCUCCGCAACGUCAAGGACGUGAGGGGAGCUGAGUCUGGUUUUCAAGAGCAUCUCGACUUCACGAUUCAGCUCACUACUGCUGACAAAGUUGUCUGGCUGCUGGUUGCGGAAAGCUAUGCUCAAAAAGAAGCGUGGUUGUCCGCGUUGAUCUGGCUAUCAGACUACUACUACCGACUGGCUGAUAGUGACGUCGACAUCGACGUUACGCCCACGAUAAGUGAUGCUAAACGGAUUGCGCUGAACACUGCGGGGUUAAUGACGUCUAUUCCUGAGUCAGGAGGAUCAAGUAGCGCGAAAAGUCAGUAUGCCGCGGCGGGCAUUGCUAAAGAGCGAGUAUUGACGACAGGGCCAGGCACGGUGCUGGCAAGCGAUUUCACGGGCAUCGGUGGCGAGAUCCAGAUAGCUGGCAGAAGAGUGUUUGCUGCAAUCUCAAGUGGCGUUUUCCGUUACUACGGCUCGCAAGGUGAUUACGAGAGCGAAUGGGGUGACGCUAUUGACGCCAUUUCGCUGAAAGAGAUCGAGGAAGUGCAUUCGGAUGGCCUGAACUUGGGCAGCUUUGUGGUGAAGGUGAAAGGUGAAAAGGACGUUCAGUUGGUCGCAGAAAGCGCAAGAAUUGCCAAGCGUUGGAUGCUGGUGAUGUGUUGUUGUGGCGGUUUGGUCUUGAAAAAGGCACCACACGCUGAUUAUUGGGCCAGCGUCCAGCCGAAAGAGGCAUGGAUAUGGAAACUCGAUCGGCUGUAUCAGGUGUUUCGUCGUCGGUACUUUUCUCUGCGCAACCACCAGCUUAUCUUUCACACAGAAGAGGGUGGACGGAUGCUUGGCAUGAUCUCACUGCCUUGCAUAUUCCACCUCCAAAUGUCCAAGGUGUGGACACGCAGCAAAGAUGAAGCCGAUUUCUACCAGUUGGAAGUCAGCUUUGCUGUUCCCACAGCUGCUGAAGAGAGCUCGCGGACCGACCAAAUUGGCGAUUUUUAUGCCUUCCUGCUGGCUUUUGACACUGAGGAGCAACUGAAAGAAUGGGCUAGUGCCAUCUACGAUUGCUGCACGAACUCCUUGUCACUGAAGGGCAAUACGGCAUUGUCGCCUCUUGGCGAGAUCCAAGUGCUUCCGAAAGAACUGCUCAAGAUCUCGACAUUUGACCACAGUGAUGACGAGUUCUUCAAGACUGCUGGGUUACCAGUCAGUCCGACAGCGCCGUUGAAAAGACCGGUUCCUGACGUGGCUGCGUCCACGAGCGAGUUCAGUUCCAGCGGAUGGCUCUACUACCGCACUUCGAAAGAAGAGCGUAUUCGUCUGCGUUACUUCAUGCAGUGGGGCUAUGAGCUGUCGAUUUACAAGCACGAGGUACUCGCAGACGAAGCAACUUCCAUCCGCUACGGCGUCAUUGACUGCCGCGCACUUGUGGACGUGCGCUUUGCAUACAUCAACUCGCCUGAAAACGCCGUCGAGCUCAUUCUUGGAUCAGAGACCAGUGUGAUUAUCAUUCCUCGCACGGACCAAGAAGCCGUCAUGUGGCGCAGCUCGCUGCUCGAUGUAAAGCGCGCCUAUGGGCAGCUAGAGUCUGGCAAGAACAGAGAGGACACGUUCGGCACGGGCGUAUUUAUCAGCCGUGGCAGCACCUUCUCGUCGCAGAAGGAUAACGAAGAGUUGUUGCGUCUGCAGAUUGAAUCUGCUGUCAUGUACUCGUCCAACCUCCAGGAUUGGGACGGUCGCAAGUGGAUCCCAAAGUAUUUCGUGCUGACGAGCUCGCGCGUGCUCAUCAUGUCUCUUGCACUUCACUUGUUCGACGAAGAGCCUGACAUCCUGGGCUCGUUUGCUUCCAAGGACAUCCUCGAGGUCCGUGCGUGCAACGAAAUGGAAGAAGCGGAGGUUGGGAAUUGCAAGUCGGCGUGCGUCAUUACGCUACGGCCACAAACGGGUGUCACUGCCGAGGCGAUCCCAACAGUUCCUGACCGCAUGGUCGUCAAAUGUGAUUCCAUCGACCACUGUUUGGAGUGGAUGCGCUUGUUGUGCGGCAGCAAUGGCAAGCUCGAGCUCCGGAAAAACGCUGCCACGGGCUGCUGGGGCAGUGUGAAUCGCAUCGCAUCGCUUUCUCGGCACCAGAGCUUUCUUGCUACUGCGCCGUUAUCUGCGGCUAUUGCCGCUGCCAACUCGGGUUCCGGCACUGCAACGCGGAGGAAGACGCGUCAGGAUGCUGCGCGAAAGCGCACGUCGGAACUCAUCAUGAAUCGAAAGAGCAUGAUGGCUCAGCCGUAA